AUGGGCUUUCCUGGGCCAAGCGCGCCGUUGCGCGGUCGUAAGAAUAUAUACCGAACAAAAAAGAAAAACAAAUCCAUCGUCGCUCUGAAAGAGAUAAAACAAGCAAACCCUAGCUUGUCGGGAGAUUCACUUCACCAAUUCACCUUCGCCGCCGCUGCUGCCCGACCCGCCAUGGCUUCCACCAGCACCACCUUACCUGAUUGGUUGAUGCUCGACCGCUUCGUGUUCUGGAGCGAGAACUUCACCUUCCCCAAGGACGCCGAUUCAACCCUGGCCACCGGCACCAACUCCAUGGAUAAAAAGUUCCAGAUCUGCUUCAAACUCGUUGAGCCGCCGGAGGUGUCCCGCCUUUUUCUGCAGAUGGAUGAAGGCUUGUCGCAGUCCCAUAGCUUCGACAUCAUCGCCGCCCACCGCGCCGCGGUGCUCCUCCAGAUGAGUUAUCCUAUCCUUGUGCCAGGCUACGAGAACAUCAUCCCGAUGAUCGACUACUUCCUCUACUAUACCGCCGGUGGUGGCUCUCCGCCGUCUCUACAGCGGCUACCCCCUCUUGACGGGACCAUUGCCCAGGUCCAGGACCAAAUCAAGGCCAGUGCUGACGUCAUGACGAAUCAGUUUUUGCGCAGGCUGAAGUGCCUUGACCUAGGCGUCCUGUGCCGCGGAGAGGAUGAGGUCGCCGUCGCACAGCUCGAGAUCACCGAGUCCGGGGCGCCACCUAAACUCCAGGUCCUGUGCCCGUCUAUCUCUCGCAGUUGGGAGGUCAAGCAUCCGCCCAUCGUACCCUGCGACGAUGUGAAGGAAUUUGAUUUGGAGGAGGUCUUUAAGAACUUUGAUGCUCACACAGUCAUCCCCUUCAAGAGUUACCUGUGUUGGGUUGAUUACUCCUUUGGUAUCUUGUUCUGCGAUGUGUUCAAUGAGAGCCCCAAGCUCCUAUACCUGGAACUCCCGGCUAAAUUGCCCAUAUUAUGGGCCGGACACAAGGGCCGAGCAUGGGUAGAGGCGUACCACACCGUUGGUGUCACAGCGGGUGAGGUUAUGAAAUUUGUCAAAGUUGUCGAUGGCAAUGAUGAGUUUUUUGAAACCACUGAACCUGCCAGUGAUGAUUUCACCAUCACCUCCUGGGCACUAAUAACAGAAAGCAACAGCGUGAUGAAGUGGAAGCAGGAUGCAUCUAUUAGAUCCAGUGAGAUAGGGUUUGGUGGACUCACACAUCUUCCUCGUACCCCAUUAGAGUACCCUGUUAUCAGCAUGUAUGAGCCCAGUAUCAUUUACUUCAUGAUCGGGCAUGACCAAGCAUCGUACAUGUAUAAUAAGGUAUGGAUUGUUGCCAUUGACAUUAGCAAUGGCAAGGUGAAGUCGUCAUCUGCAUACAUCAAUGGUACAGAACAGGUGGGGGACCUCUGUGCUGAUGAAGCUUUGUACUUUGCCAAAGAAAAACCCCAGGUUUACUCUACCUUUCUUCCUGCCGAGUUCUCCAAGCACCUCAAUUUGCUUGGAACAAGGACUGGUCUUCUCCAAGGUGGGUGCGAUCAAGCUAUCGGUAUUGCAGUACCUGAAAAGAAGAGGAAGUUAAUGUGA